UAAUUCAAAAAAAUAAAAUUACAAACAAUAUAUUAUAGCCAAAUAUAUAUAUUAAUUAAUAAAUACUACUUUAAUAAUGGAAAGCAUAACACGUCUGAACAGAUCCCGUGACCACCUAAGGGUAGGUCACGUUCAACACAAUACAAGUCAUUCGGAUGAUAGCGAACUGUCCGACAAUUAUAAUGUGAUCGGCAGUGACCGCCAAUACGAACGAAUUGGCGAUCGGGCCAGCGGUUCGCUAACUGGCCGAUCAUCGUCGUCGAGAUCGUCGUCAAACAAUCCGCCGCCUCAUCCGAUAAUCUGUGGUAACGGUACUGUCCUCAAAGCGGCCACACAUUAUGCCGAGUCAGCCAUCUAUAGGCCAUCCAGAGAUUUUAAUGAUUUAAAUAAUUUAAAUAAUCCGAUGAUCGGUGGAAACGGUACGGUAUUAAAGCCGACCGCACCCUAUAAAGAGUCGACAAUAUAUCGGCACUCGAGGGACUUUAGCGAUGCUUUUGCCGAUUUAAAAUCGGUUCAACACUACGGAGGGCCCAACGAUCCCGCGAUAUACCCAAACACUAGAAGUAUACCAAAUUGUAAAACAUUGUCCACAUUAUCAAAGCGCGUGUCGUGCAGUUGGCAGUGCACGGCCAUCAUGUUUAUGGUCCUAACGUUAGUCUUAUUAAUCAUCAUAACAUUUGUCACGAGCUCAACAUUAUCAUCUGGUGGCGCCCAAGACACUGCCAAAUGUUCUGUGAUGGUCGACUAUAUGACCGAUACAAACAAUAAUAAUAACAAUGAGCUUAAGACAACACAACAACAGCAACAUACCGGUGCCACAAGUGCCGGCAAACUGCCCAAACCAUUAUUAGCUAAGACCUAUCCGCCAGAUCAGAGCCAAUACAGUGAAGUGCAAUUAGGCAAACGUUUUCAGCAUCGGGUGUCCUCUUACGGCCACUGGAAUCUUCAUCUCAUACAAUCUGAUCCAUCACUGGUCAGGUUCAACUUGACACUGCCGGUCGGUGCCACUGUUGGUCUGUAUGCGGCCCGCGAUUCGGUACCGUCGCACACGAAAUACGAUUUUAUGGAAAUUGUCGGCCGAACGGGCGCUGCUGGACGUUAUCCACGAUCGGCAAUGGCCAGUAUGAUCAACAACAACAACAACAAUGACAAUAAACAGCAACAGAGUCGCGAGUUUACCCGAUUCAUGGACAGAGGCCAGUGGUUUUUGUCCGUCUAUAACGAUGCGCCCGUCAUUAUCGACUUGUCAUUGGUGUUGACCAUCGGAGACGCCACAAGUAUCGGCUGUCCGUUUGACUGUCACGGACACGGUGUCUGUGUAAUGGGUGUUUGCAAAUGUGACGACGACUACGCCGGAGAUAACUGUGCUUACAGGGUCUGUCCCGUCCUGUGUUCAGGUCGUGGCCAAUAUGUUUCAGGAGAAUGUCAGUGUAGUUCCGGAUGGAAAGGCAAAGAGUGUCAGCUCCGGGAGGAUGAAUGCGAAGUACAAGACUGUAGCGGACACGGAGAUUGUGUGGACGGCUCUUGUCAUUGUUUUCCCGGUUAUAAAGGCAAACACUGUGAACAAGUUGACUGCUUAGACCCGGACUGUUCAGCUCAUGGCCACUGUGUCGCCGGAAUGUGUUUGUGCGGUAAGGGCUGGAAGGGUGCCGACUGUGCCGAACCAGAUUCCGAGGCCAUUCGAUGUCUGCCCGACUGUUCCGGACACGGAAACUUUGAUCUUCAGCUCCAACAAUGCAUUUGCGACGAACGAUACACUGGACCCGACUGUUCACAAGAACGAUGCGAUUUGGACUGCGGUAACAACGGUCGCUGUCAGGGCGGCCAAUGUCUGUGCGAUGACGGCUGGACAGGAGUCAAGUGCGCCGAACGACUGUGCGAUCCCCGAUGCCUGGAACAUGGCCAGUGCAAAAAUGGUACAUGCCUGUGCAUUCAAGGAUGGAACGGAAAACAUUGUACAUUAGAUGGAUGUCCCAAAUCGUGCAACAAUCACGGCGAAUGUGUCCAGAGGUCAGGCGAAUGGACGUGCGAAUGUGCUACCGAUUUUGGCGGACAGGACUGUAGUGUACCACUGGAACGGGUGUGCGAUGACGGCAAAGACAACGACAAUGACGGACUGGUCGACUGUGCCGACCCCGAGUGCUGUUCAUCGAAGAGCUGCGACGGCAAACAACUAUGUUUUUCGGCUUCCGAUCCUCAAGACAUACUGCUCCGCAAACAGCCACCGGCAGUGACCGCCAGCUUCUUCCAGAGGAUGCAGUUUCUCAUCGAAGAAGAAUCAGUCCAGAGUUAUGCCCACAAAAUUGCAUUUAACGACAGUCUAUUUGGAAACCGAUUCAACGACAGUCGAGCUUCGGUAAUCAGAGGACAAGUAGUCAAUCACGGCGGACAGGGUAUUACUGGUGUACGAGUUGGUGUGGCCACCGAUCCGAUGUUAGGCUUUACGUUGACCCGCGAUAGCGGUUGGUUCGAUCUGAUGGUCAACGGCGGCGGUGCCGUAACAUUGCAUCUUCAACGGGAUCCGUUUCGGCCACAGCAACGAGUAGUGAUGGUACCCUGGAAUGAGAUUGUGGUCAUCGAYAGGGUUCAAYUGGUCACCGACGAUCGUAAUGGCGACGGCCAACAAAAACCAACCAUAUGUAUGGACCACGACUACGAUGUCAUGAAGCCGACAGUGUUGGCCACUUGGAAACACACUUUUCAGGGCGGAUGUGCCGAACAAUCGGCACUGUUAGCCGAAUCUCGUGUCGUCCAGGAAUCGCUACGAAUACCCGGAACCGAUCUAAACCUUGUCUAUCAUUCAUCGCGAGUCAACGGCUAUCUAUCAACCAUUGAACUACAGCUAACACCCGAUCGGAUACCGGCUUCACUUCGAUUGGUUCACUUGAAGAUCGCCAUCGAAGGCAUACUGUUCGAGAAGACCUUCGAAGCCGAUCCGACCAUAAUGUUUACCUAUGCCUGGAAUCGACGCAAUGUUUACCGUCAAAAAGUUUUCGGUUUGGCCACCGCUACUGUUCACGUAGGCUACCAGUACACCGGUUGCAUUGGUAAUACCAUAUGGGAUGUCCAAACCGUACAGCUGGCCGGUCACGAUAUGGCCAUUUCGGAGAUUGGCGGCUGGAAUCUUGACAUUCAUCAUCGAUACAACUUUCACGAAGGAAUACUCCAGAAGGGCGACGGAACCAAUGUCUAUCUGAAACAGAAAAGCAAAGUAAUGUUGACCACUAUGGGCGACGGUCAACAGCGGCCACUUCACUGUCCCUAUUGUAACGGCUUAGCUCACGAUCAACGUCUGUUGGCACCGGUAGCUCUGGCUUCGUCACCGGACGGUAGCAUCUAUGUCGGCGACUUUAAUCUGGUCAGACGUCUGAAAACCGACGGCACUGUCCAAACGGUUGUCGAACUAAGCGAAUCGUCUGUUGCCUAUAAGUAUCAUUUGGCUGUCGGUCCGAUCGAUGGUAAACUGUAUUUCUCCGAUCCGGAGAAGCAUCAGAUACUACGUGCAAUCAGUUUGGAUCAGAUUGCAGAUCCGCGAAACAAUUUGGAGAUUGUUGUCGGCACUGGUGUCAAGUGUUUGCCCGGCGACAGGACUGCCUGCGGUGACGGCCGACUGGCUCGUGACGCUCGACUAUCCUAUCAAGGUUUGGCCAUUUCGGCCACUGGAGAGAUCUAUAUAGCAGACGGUACAAACAUACGCUACGUUGACACUACAGGAGUCAUACAUACACUGAUUGGCGAUCACUAUCACAAGAGUCACUGGAAACCGCUUCCCUGUUCGGGAUCUAUACCAUUACAGAAGGUUGCACUCCGUUGGCCAACACAACUGGCCAUAUCACCCAUUGAUAACUCGUUGCACAUACUCGACGACCAUAUGGUACUCAAACUAACACAAGACCGUAGACUGCGUGUAAUAGCUGGUCGUCCGUCUCAUUGUUCGUCAGUGAUUACCGGAACGCCCGAAGAGGUCCCGAAUCAGGAGUCGGGCGAAGCGCUCGCCGCACAAGUAUUUCUCGAAACACCGCAAUCGAUAGCAUUUGGACCGAACGGUGAUCUCUAUAUUGCCGAAAGCGACUCGCAAACCAUUAACCGUGUCCGAGUGGUUACGGCAGCUGACGGUCGGAUACAGCGAUUUGCCGGCGCCGACCUCAAGUGCUCGUGUAUGGAUGUCCAAUGCGAAUGCUAUUCCGGCGAUCUGUUGGCCACUAAUGCCAAAAUGUCGACAGUAGCUGCCAUUACGGCCACACCUGAUGGUCGGUUACACAUUUGCGACCAGGAAAACCUACGCAUACGGACAGUAGUGUCGCCACUGCCCGAACAGAACCCGACGAACGGCGAGUACGAGAUUGUUUCGCCACUCGGCGCCGAAGUAUACGUAUUCAACCGACACGGCCAACACAUCAGCACCCGUAGCAUCUAUACUGGUCAUACAUUGUAUACGUAUAGCUAUAAUGUCAAUACGCUUAACGGAAAACUAAGUUCGGUUACCGAUGCGGCCGGCAAUAAGCUGUACAUAUUGCGAGACUAUACCAAUCAAGUGAAGUCCAUUGAGAACAGUCAGGGAGGGAAGUGUCGGCUACAGAUGUCCCGYUUGGGUAUGCUUCAGGCGUUGACCACACCCGACAAUUUUGUCACCAAAUUUACGUAUUACGGCAAUACCGAUGCACUGUUGGCCACCCGUACCGAUUCGUGGACCCGAUCCGUAAGCUAUCAGUACGACCAAUACGGACGACUAACUCGAGCAGUUCGACCGUCGGGCGAUAUCAUCGAAAUGAACUACAAGUUGGGUAUCGAUGGCUCCCGGGUUCGCAUCGAUCGUAACGCCCGCGAAAUGAUGCGUCUGGUGAUUGAAGGCCAAGAGGUUAGCCGAGUGGCCAACGGUGACGAAGAUCAGGCACUGGUACUGCAAAAGCUGAGCUCCAAAGACGCCAAAUUUUCAAUCAAAUGGCCAGACACUAGUGUAACGGAAAUUGAAUCCCUGGCUUCACCAGUGAUUACCGAUUUGUGGCCAAAAUUGGCCGAAACGUGGCCAAUGCCGGUACGCAUGAGAAUAAUUGCCAACGACGAGGUCAGUACCCGAAUCGAAUGGAAACACUAUGUCCGCCGGGGAUCGAAAGACAGACAAUCGGUUACCGCCACCAGUGGUACCGCCGCUAGUACUAAUGGUGACCCGAAACGAAUUGCCAGUUUUGGUCGCAAACUCAAAAUCAACGGCGAAUCCGUAUUGGCCGUCGAAUACGAUCGUGACUCACAACAAGAGAUCCUAUUGGACCAAAACAUGCGACCAGUUGUAAGCGUCUCCUACGACAAUGUUGGCCGACCAGUAAAAUGGAUGUCCAGCCAUAAUCUGACCGGCGUUACCGUCGAAUACGAUCGAUUUGGUCGUGUGGCUCAGUGGUCACGCGGACAGUUGUCCAACACAAUGCAAUACGACAUUAGCGGCCGAUUAGCAGAGUUACGCUAUGCCGACAAAACUGGACGUAUCUAUAAAUAUUCGGACGCCUCGACCAAUCCAAGCGAAAUCAUUGAACCGAGCGGUAGCCGCUAUCUCGUACAGUACGACCAAAGCGGCGGCAUUACUGCAGUAAUCACACCGGCCGGUCAUCGGCACGAAAUAGCCCGACAAACAUCUCUCGGCUUCUAUAAGAUACUCUAUUUGACACCCGGUAUGAAAACACCGUACAUCUUGCACUACGACGACAAUCAUCGGGUGAUUGCCAAACUGUUGCCCGAAAACAGCGGACGAGUGAUCAACAUUUACGGCCGCAGUGGUCAACUUGAUGCCCAGUUUGCCGGUGCCGAAAAAACCGAAUACACAUAUCACGAAGGAUCCGAUUUGUUGAAGUCAGUCAAUCGCCAGUUGCCCGACACUACUGACCUGAGAAUUGAUAUGCGUUAUCACGACUCUCUAGUCAAAGAGGAAAGGCAUCGAUUCGGAGCCCGUUCUCCAUUCAACAGCUAUAAGCUUAGGUACAAAUACGGACCGAACUCCAAGAUAUCGGAAGUCGAGUUUGAACUGCAAGGACGCGGAGUCGAGACACGCAAAUACAAGCGACACUCGGCUACCGGCGCUCUGGAAGGUGUCGACAGUUUUGCAAUUGUUCGCCGAAAUGUCAACAGUCUGCAGAUUACCGACGAACGAGCCAUGAAAACAGUAGGCACUGACAGCUAUGGCCGUCCGGUGCUCAUCACACUAUCCGUUUGGAAUAAGGAGUUGUUUUCGCAAGUAAUACACUAUCAGCCGAUGCGGUCGAGAAUUGCCGAAUCGCGUACAAGAUUCGGAUCCGGCUAUCAGAUGACAAACUAUAGCUAUACGGCCGACGGCUUUAUCGAACAGGUGACCCAAUCGGCUGCACCGGUAGCCAAAUAUGUCUACGAUAUAGCCGGCGAUGUCAAGUCGGUCUGGGAGGGAGAGACACAUAUGACGAUUAGACGUGAUGAGUCCGGUCGGGCCAAAGGUUUCGGCGACGGCAGCGACUUGUACUCAGUAGACGAACGCGGAUUCAUCAUCAGCCGUGGUCAGGACAGGUACACGUGGUCGCCAAACGGCGAACUACAAUCGGUAACCAAAGACGAUCAACGAGUGAUUACCUAUUACUACGACCACCGACAGCGGCUUAUCGGCCGACGCGAGUCAUCCGGCAAUGUCACACAAUUUGUCUACGAUAACAGUCAAUCAGAUCGUGUAACUCACUGUGUAGUUGAUGGCCGUAUUAUCGGCUUUGUGUACGACCCGAACGGUCAUCUGGUGGCCAUUACUAUCGAAAGCACCAAAUAUUACGUGGCCAGCGACUACAUGGGCUCACCGAUAGCCGUAUUCAACAGCGACGGUAUUGUUGUCAAAGAAAUUGUACGCAACGUCUGGGGCAAAGUCGUCAAAGACUCGAACCCGACCUUCUGGUUGCCCAUUGAUUUCCGCGGUGCCAUUCGUGACCCGACCACCGGUUUAGUGCACUUUAUUGGCGACCGAGUGUACGAUCCGCUUGUCGGCCAAUAUCUGACACCCAAUUGGGACCAAAUCGAGCGAUUAGUUCGGUCACCGGAAAGUUUACAUCUCUAUCGAUUCGAAAACAACGAUCCCGUAAACACUGUGGCCUCACGCGGUUGGGAUGAGACGCAUAUGACCUCAUUAGCCGAAUGGCUUCAACCGUUAGGCGUGUCUGUGGACGACAUAUUCCCGGCGCAGAGUCGUUCAGUCCGUCGUCAACAGCAAACAGUACCGGUUAUAUCCGGUCUCGAGUGCCAAUUGCGGGCACUGUUGUCCACAUUCAGCGAGCUUUCAAUUGUCGCCCGCAGUGGCGUCCGAUCGGACAUUGAUUAUCGGACAACACUGCCGGCCAUCAGUGUUGCCUCAUUACCGUCAACACUAUCCUCUGUGAUUGUGAGUCGCGGCCGACCGCAGACACUCGUCACUACAAUAGAAUCGGAGACCAGUCCGAUGACCGCAUCGGUACUGUCGGCUGUGUUCAACAGUACCCGAUCGUUGGCCAUAAAUCUCGGGCAUCAGUCACAGGACGAGUUUUUCUUUAUCCAGCCCGACGUCACGCGAGCACCGGUCGAUUUGGAUCAACUCCAACGGCUGGGCUCAAUGGUGAACGUCACCCGACCGCCUACCGACCCGUCCGACCCGAGCACUAGUCAUACAGUGAUGUCCAUUAGCGGUAAUCUUUUGUUGAACAUCCGCUACGGCGUCAGCGCCGACGACGAACUCCGACGAGUUAUACGAAUGGCCCGCAAGCGAGCCGUAGAGGAGGCCUGGCGUCGGGAGGCCCACUACGUAAAGCUUGGCUUUCGCGGCCUACUCAAGACCGACUGGUCGCCCGAUGAGCGCCAGGAACUGAUACGCACCGGAAUGGUGUCCAAGUACUUCGGUAUCGAUAUUCACGGCAUCGAACGCUACCCGCAGUUGGCCGACGACCCGAUGAAUGUUGUGUUCAAACGCGACGUCCAGUCGCGCAAACGUCGCUCACGACAGCACCGACAGCGGCCACUGGCGUCGGGCGGCGGCGGCGGCUAUAAUAUGAUGUCAAUUGUUAUCAACUCUUAAUAAAUUUAAUAUUAAU